AUGACGUUGUGGUUUGAACCACAUCUAACAAAGACGGCACACCCAUUCGUACAACAUAUCUCCGUCUUCACUAUUUUUCUUAGUAUUCAUGCACCUUUCAUGGAAGCUAGGGCAAAGGAAGAGUGUCCACCAACAACAAACCUGAGUAUUUCGCAUGAUCAGCAAAACAAGUGUGACGUAUCAGCAGCUACAAUCUCGUGCGAGGUAAAGAAGUUCGAAGAGUUUAUUAAAAUCACUGCUUGUGAGGCUGCGGACCUACGUACCUUUCCUUACAUGGCAAAGGUUAAAGUCGGAGCACUCAACCAGACUCGUUACUAG